CAAAUUUCAGUUAAAAAUGUUUAAAAAAAUGUUAAGUGGUACCGUGGUCUGUUGAUUUUGCCAUUAAUUAUUGUCAUAAUAAAAAUUUAAAGGCGUAUUAUUAUUUAAAAAAUACAUUAUAUACACAAGGAGAUAUAUUUAACAAACUAGAAAGGGGGCGUUAGCGAUAUAAUUAAUAGUAAGUGUCAAUUAUAUAUUUUUUAAAUACUCCUUUCUAUUUACAAAAAAACAUUAACUUAAUUGAUUCCUCAGUAAAUUUAUGGCCUCUCACUGAUAAUCAGUUACGGACUUUGCAAUCAAUACAUUUAGUUAAUUCGUACUACAGUUUACAAUUAUGACACGUUGUGAUGAUGAUGAUUUUUAUUAUUAGUAGUAGUAGCAGUAUUAGCGGUAGUAGCUGUACUACUGAACUAAUUUACUUUUUGUUAAAUUCCUCAACAAAUCUGUACAACAAUAGCCUGUUGUAAAUACGUUACAUAUCAUUGUGCAUUGAACCACAAAACAAAUCUGUUGUAUCAAGGGAAAUGGAGUGUGUUUCAGCCUUUCAGGUUGAUGUUGAGGGAGGAGACGCAUCCCAGAACUCCUCCAGUGAGCAUGCAGCUGGGAGGCGUGAUUUUGCACACAUACAUACUUUGAUCAUAUGCUCUAAAUUCACGGAGAACGUCAGGAAAUUUUCAGGAGGAUUGUCUUGAUUCGGCCAAUUGAAUUCUGAAGAAGCAACGGCCACAAUGGAGUAUGCACCAGUAAUAGGACUGAGUCUUCUCUUGGCGUUAAGUCUGGACCCGCUACAAGUCAAUGGCCUGAGAUCCAUUAGAGAGACCACGGAGAAACAUCCGCCAAGUUCCUCGGACGUCAAAGCGGGCCGUUGCUCCUAUACGUUCAUCGUUCCCCAGCAGAAACUAUCCGGAGCGCUGUGCUUGGACACGAAGGCCGCCAGCACUGCCGCCAACCAGUCGGAGGUGGCUGCGUUGCGGGCGGAGCUGAAGCGCCAGCAGGAGCAGCUGGAGAGCCUGCAGACCCUGUUGGAGCAGGAGGGCAGCUUCGUUACGGAGAUGAGAAUCCUGCGCAAGGAGAGCAACGGCAUGAACUCCCGCAUCGCCCAGCUCUACAGCCAGCUGCUGCACGAGGUCAUCCACAAGAAGGACCAGGCAUUGGAGCAACGCAGGGUGGAGAACCUCCUGCUUAACGCGACAACGCAUGCGCUACAGGUGGCCAGCAACUUCAGGGAGCUGGAGAAAAAAUACGGUGCGCUUACGUCAAUGAUGAGCUCCCAAAGUCAACUGAUUGCCCGGCUGGAGAAGCAAUGCCAAUGUAAGGAGGCCUCCCAGUCUGACCCGGUGCAGAUGGAACCGCCAAAAAGCCGCUCCGGCGCUCUCCUUAAUGACAGCUCUGAAAUCAGCAACGAUCUUCAAAGGGACCAAAAUGCUCUGCAGCAAGACAACCCUUUGGGAGCGCUUCUGAUUCCCAGCACCACCGCCAGUCCUCUGACGGCCCAGCCUGUCAUUAGCUUCCCUGUCACCAAGACCCCAGGGCCGUGGCGGGACUGCCAACAAGUGCUGGACUCCGGCGAGACGACCAGCGGCAUCUACCUGCUGCGCUUGCAGAGCGCCAAUCGACUCCUGCAGGCCUGGUGUGAACAAAAUCAAGCUCAGGGAGGCUGGACGGUCAUCCAGAGGAGGCAGGACGGUUCCGUCAAUUUCUUCAGGACCUGGGAGCAGUAUAAGCAAGGCUUUGGGAACCUGGAUGGCGAGUACUGGCUGGGCCUGGAGCACCUCUACUGGCUGGCCAAACAAACCAAAUACAAGCUGCGUGUGGUUCUGGACGACUGGCAGGGUCGGCAGGUGUUCGCAGAGUACGACAGCUUCCGGCUAGAGUCGGAGAGCGACGGGUACCGACUGCGGGUAGGACAGUAUCGCGGCAACGCGGGCGACUCGCUAUCGUGGCACAACAACAAGGCCUUCACCACUCUGGAUCGCGACAAAGACGGCUACACAGGUAACUGUGCCCACUACCAGAAAGGAGGCUGGUGGUAUCACAUGUGCGCCCACUCCAACCUGAAUGGCGUGUGGUAUCGGGGCGGGCACUAUCGCAGCCGUUAUCAAGACGGCGUCUACUGGGCGGAAUUCCACGGAGGCUCCUACUCACUCAAGCGGGUCCUCAUGAUGCUCAAGCCCAUAUAGUGUGUUUGCAUCACAACCGUGGGAGGGAAUGCGUGUCCGUGCCUUGUACGGCGUUGCACAAUCCUUCCUCUCUUUUUGCUGCUUUAGAGGUCCUCCAGUCACAUUCACCGAUAACUUAAUGUCAUGACCCUGCCUUGUAUUUUUUAUUGUUUUCUGUUUGGUACAAUUCAAUAAAAAGACCUAAAAAUGCUGAAAAGGUUGCUUUAUUUUUAAAAGAGGCCAUGAGUCAUUGUCGGUUGCCUCACAGCUCGCAUCUGCUUUAAGGUUUCCUGUGAAGGAGGGUGUCGACUCGCUAAGCGUGGCCUUGUGCAACUGAAGCCAGCCGAGUCAUUACUAUAAGGAGAAUCCCCAAGGAGCCUCAUCUAAUCCAGGACAAGCUAGUAGUCCUGAAGAUGUCCAUCAACUCAACCUCGUGAAAAUCUUCAUUUUGCCUUCACGUUUUUAUUACCUGGAAGGAUGUCGCUUGGGAUGUUUAUGCCUCUCCUCCUUUGGGCUAUAUUACAUGAUGAACCGACUCUGAUGGUGACCGAAGACUCCUUUGAGUAUGACCUUGGGGAAAAUGUGACUUUAGUCUGCAGUUGUGAUGGCAACCCUGCUCCAAACAUUUUGUGGAAUUCCAUCCCCCGCGCACCAAACGUGAGGACCACCAGGGGGCGCCACAACCCUCUUGUGAUCACUGGAGCCACGUCGACCAACGUUGGGGUUUACAAUUGCACUGCCUUCAACAUUUUGGGGUGUUUCCAAAUCCAUCACGCUCACUAUGAAAGGUAACAGAGGAGAUAUGCACCCACAGGCCACAACAUUAGGGACACGUGCACACGGUAGUGAGAUACAACGCCAGAACCUUCCAGAACUCAAGUGCAGUUAAACUAUGACAAAUUAGGGAAUAGAGAAAAUAACAAUUUAAUUCUAAUGUGAAAAUAUUAAAACAAUGAUCAAUUAAAUAACAAUUCAAUUUUAGUAUAAAACACAUUAAUACAAUAAUAAAUUAAUAUUUGUAUGUCUAUGAAGAAAUAUGAUAAUAAUGAUUGUUCGUUAUGAUUAUCAUUAUAGUAUUAUUAUAAUUAAUUGUGGAUGAUCUAUUAGUGUUAUUAUUGUACUGUGCAUAGUUUUUUUUUUAUAAUUGUAUGAAUAAUAAUUAAAUACACCAUUAAUAACAAUAAAUACAUACAGCAACUCAAUAAAUAAUGCCUAAUUCCAUGGUUUGCGAUUUUCUGACUGAAGACUGAGCUGUGUUUAAAUAAUUAAGCAGUGUGUUUAAAUAACAUGUUAAAGCUGAUCUGGGAAUAUGAAUUACAGAUGUUUUCAAAGGUAAAAGAAAUUGAAUACUGUCGUACCUCAAAAAAUUCUGUAUGUGUUCAAAUGAAAAGGCUGCUCUACAGGAAGUAUGUCAAUUAUCUAAAAGAGUCAAGAGCUGUUAGGCUUAUGGCUACAUUCUACCAUUCUACUUAUGUUAGAAUAUGCUGAGUAAAACAAGAGUAUAUUGUUAAUAAUUCAAACUUCAGCUUGAUAUGCUCAUAUUGUUCGAAGCCUCCACUUUUCCUCUUGGCCUUGAUCGGUUGCCUUCUGUGGUGCUAUUGCAAAAAAAAAAAAAAAAAAAAAAACAUAUUUGCUGACGCCAUGCACAGUGACUGUUUUAUAUUUAAAGUUUUAUUGGUUGCACCUGACUUUGGAGGUAGACUAGUAAGUUGUUCAGUCAUUGGCGAAGCAUCAAAUGUUUAAAAGGUUAUCUUUUACAGCUAUGCAGGCCUGAGAAAACUGUAUAAAAUAUAUAAACAAUAUUAUUGCAGUUGUUUUUUUUACCACCUUAAUAAAUGAGAACUCGGUGUGUUCUACUAAAUUUUCCACUUUAUUUUUGAAACAAAACAGAACAUCGUUGUUUAAAAAAAAAAACAAUGUUCAGUCAUCUGAUAUGCAUCAAAUGUUUAAAGGCAGUGUUUCAGAACUUUGAAGCCAUGAAUAAAAUUGAUAAAAUAUUUGUAAAAAAUAUGUGUAAUCUUUUUUGGGGGAUGAAUUAUUAUAUUACCACUCUAUUACAAUUCACCACCACCUCAACAAAUGAUAACUGAUUUUGUUCUGCUAAAUUUACCACUUUAUUUGACACAAAGAAGAACAUUAUCGUAAUACACAUUGUUCAAUAAUUUGAUACACAACAGAUGUUUAAAGGAUAUCCUUUACAGCUUUGUAGUGCUGAAAAACUGUAUAAAAUAUCUUCUUUUUUUUAUUUGGAAUUGUGUUUUGGAUAAAUCAUUUUGGCAGCCUAUUGUAGUUACUUCUCCUCCCACAAUAAAUGAUGACUGU